CUCUGUGUAUUCUGUACAUACCAAGCCAAGCCUCACAAUGCUGCAUUUACUAAAACAAGUGGCUUAGCCAUUUGCAGUGAUGUCGCUGUUCCCAGACCUCCCUCUCGGUGGUGGAGUCGCUCAGUGAGGCAGUGCAGCACUCAGACGGCUCUGAUGGCAGAGCGGGGCAGGUGGACUCAGUGAGAGGAGAAACAAACAUCACCUGUUUGGGAAAUCUAGAACAACGGAGGACGAAAAAAGAAGGAGGAGCAGAGUCUUUGGAGAGCUGAGGUCUCGCUGUGUCUACCCACCCACUCACCCACCCCACCCUAGUCUCUCUCAUAUGCACAGACACACUCUCCCCUUGCCUCUCCCUUCUUCCCUCCCUGUUUGUCUCCUCCACUCUCCGAUGCUGGUGUAGUGAACAGCAGGACACUCUCGGCUGAGCUGCAUGGAGGCACAGGGAGGGGCCGGGAGCCCAGAGCCCAAUAAAGACAUCCAGAAGCUGCUGAAGUCCUCCAGCUCAGGUGACCUAUCCAGGGAGUUUUUCCACCACCCAGCAGGGGAGGAGGAGGGCGGCCUGUCAGGGCACACUGCUAGCCUGCUGCACAUCACAGAGAAGAGACAACCACUGAGUAGUGUGUCGUCUUUGGAGGUGCACUUUGACCUCCUGGAUCUGACUGAGCUGACUGACAUGUCUGACCAGGAACUGGCUGAAGUCUUUGCUGAUUCUGAUGAGGAGAACCACGAGUCACCAGUUCCCAUCAGCCUGUGCUGCCCAGAGGUGGGUACACACGCUCCCCCUCGUGGACACGCUGCAGAAAAGUUGAGCCCCCACGUGAAAGAAAGCACCACAGCGACUCGGACACCGCAGAGCCCUUAAUGAAGCUGGAGAGGCCGAAGCAGCCGUGAUUCUGAUGUGAAAGAGCCAGAACGCAGAGAGAGAAAACCCAGAGCCAGACAGACACAGCCAGAGUGGGAACACAAAGCGGACCAAAAGGCCCCCCAUCUGCCAUUGCGCACUCACAUAAUGUUUCAUGGUGCUGAGUAGACGAGUUCAGGUUGAGCUCUGGACAACGUGCUAUAUACUCUUACUAAAGAUGUUGAGAUGUGCAAUACACACACUCUCUCCUCCUCUCUCCCUCUCCUCUCUUUCUCUCACACACACACACACACACACACACACACACACACACACACACACGUGUACAUGAAAGGGGUUCUUAAUGCACUCUGGGCUGCCAGAUGAUUUUAAGCUUUGUUUUUGAAUGACAGACAGGGUAUGAGGUCAGCAGAAUAACAGCACCUCCAUCCUUACAGCCUCUCAGGAUGGGUAAUGGCCUGAACGGUGAGAUUGGUUCCGAAAUUGUGUCGGCCAGACCUUCCAUGUAAAGUCUAGACACUGGGAUUCACAUUGAAUUGCCAGGAUUUGAUUGGAAACAUAAAUCAAUAGAGCUGUUCAAAAUAAAAUAUCUUGUGAGGCUAUUACUUAAUGUGUUGACUUGAAAAUGUGACAGGGUUUUUUUUGUUGCCUGCAAUAAAGGUAACUUGAUCAGUGGAAGUGGAUGUCAGUGAGGCCACGCUCUUUAUAUCCACCACACUUUCUCCAUCUUAAUGAAAUAUGUGUGUUGUUAUUAAAAUUGCCUAACUGAAA